UUGUCUAAAUGUAAGUAUGUUGGAUUCUACCUAACUCCACCUAGAUCUUUUUCGGUGAAGAUUUUUAUUGCAUCCAGAAGGACAGCCUUAAAUUCUAUGUUAAGUAACGUGUACGAAAAAAGAUUUUUUCUGAAAUUGUUAACACAGAAGUCAAGACUUACAGAAGUAGGAAAAUGAAGAAACUUCUUACAGUUUUCCUGUUUAUUCUGUUUUCUGUUUCCACUGUAAAAACUUGUGAUGGGGUUGAGGAAAUUAUCCUUCAACCUUAUUUGGGGAGAAAAGUGACCUACCCAGACGAUUACCCGGUGAAAACAGGAUAUGAAGCAGGCAAGAACUGUUCCUGGAAAAUUUCUGCACCGAAUGGAUAUUUUGUUGCGGUUCAUCCGAAAUGGGUGUGUGACGCUGAUGUAACUCUCGGUCUAUAUUAUGGUGCGACAACCUCAGCACAAAAAGACGGAUGUGUCUUUUGUCCCAAAACUAACGGAUACUGUAGCGACAUUAUACAAACUAGGUCGUCAGAGGCCCUCCUCUCCAUGUUGACAGUUUCUCCCCAUAGUGGAGGCGGAUUCCAGUUUCGUUUUAUGGCUGUGGAAAGGAAAACAACUUCUGCUUGCGUGAGUAGUGGUACAAGGCUGUUGGCGGAGAAGACACCAAAAUUUAUCAUGUCCCCUAAAUUCCCAUCUAAUUAUGAUAGUGAUUUAAAUUGUCUAUGGACUGUGGAACCAGCAGUUGUAGAGAGAGAUACCCAUUUAGUAUUUGAGUUUCGGUCCCAAUAUCUGGAGAUGGGGUUUGAUAGCUGCACUGAUUUUGUGAAGAUAAAUGGUCUGAAUGAAUUUUGUGAGCAGGGAGAAGACACCAUAUUGCAGUCUUCUUCUCCUAUUCAAUUGACUGGCGUAACAGCGAACGUGCGUUUCACAUCUGACUUUGGCUAUUCUGGUAGCGGAUUUGUCUUGGCCUUUUACAUUGAAAAGAAGGAAACGCCGUGGUCUUGUCAGCAUGGAGGGACUUUCAUUAACUCAACAUGUGUAUGUUCCCGUGGUUAUAAAGGGAGAAGCUGUGAAAACGAAUCUUUAGAAAUUCUGUACUUCAGAAGUAGCAAGUCAGUAUUCCGUGAAGAAAAUGAAGUAUUGUUUGAAUCGGAGAUAACAGACAACUCAAACUUUACUGUCCAAUGGUCUCGCAAUGGAGUUAUAAUAAGUGGUAUUUCGUCAAGAUACUCAAUAAGUUCUUCUGCAAAGGCCAAUGGUACAUUUCUACAUCAGCUAUGGAUAUCAAGUGUUUAUGAAAGGGAGGAAGGAAAUUGGAGCAUAAUGGCCUCCAACGGGGUGACAAUGGUGAACAGGAGUACCAUCAUACGAGUGCUCCCAAAACUUGUGCUGCAGAUGAUACCACAGUACAAUCUCUCAAUUGAAACUAAAGAAAACCUCACCCUUGAAUGUGUUGUGGUGAACCCCGAAUCCCUGAUUAAUUUGACGGAUGGAAGUCUUAUCUGGGUAAAAGAUGGGAAGCCUUUUUUGACAGGUUCUGGAUUCACAAUAAGUACAACACAAAAUUCGACAAUUUUAAAUAAAGCAUCACCAGAGAUAAAAGAUUCUGGAAGUUAUUCUUGUUUACAUUCCACCUACCCUGACCCAUUAGAUGUUUCCAUUUACGUUAACAUCACAGGACCAGAAUCUGUGGAGAUACUAUUCUUCAGAAUUAGUGAUUCAUUAUCACGAGAGGGGAAAUCAGUUUGGCUUGAAACAGAAAUAUAUGACAUAAGCGACCUAAGUAUCCAGUGGUUUCACAAUGGGAACUUGAUAACCAACUCUUCAUUGAGAUAUGAAAUAAAAUCAUAUACAACCGAAAAUGGUACAUUAUGCAAUGUGCUCAACAUACCAAAUGCUCUACAACAGGAUGAAGGAGAUUGGAAUAUCACAGCAUCAAAUGGUAAAACAACAGAGAGUAUGAGUGUUUACCUACGAGUACUUCCAAGGCUUGUGCUGUGGAUGAUGCCUCCAAAUGAUCUUUCAAUUGAAAACAAGGAAUCGAUAAGCCUUUCAUGCAUUGUUACCAAUCCUGAAUCCUUAUUUAAUUUGUCUGGCGGUGGUUUAUUUUGGCAGAAAGACAGCAAGAAAAUAUCACCAGAUUCUGGAUUCAAUAUAACUACAACAGACACAUCCACAACUUUAAUGAAGUCAUCAGCAGAAAUCGACGAUUCCGGAACUUACUCAUGUUCUCACUCUGCUUAUCCGGAACAAAUUUCUGUCUCCAUUUAUAUAAAUAUCACGGAACCAAUUCAGCCAACGGUUUUGCUGGAGAUGAUACCCCAAGGUGACUUUUCACUUAAAUGCAAGGAAGACAUCAACCUACGAUGUACCGUCAAAAAUUCCGAGUUUCUGAUGAAUUUAAUCGGGGGAAGUUUUAUUUGGCAGAAGAAUGGAAAGAAAAUUCUAUCUGCUUCUGGAUACAAUGUGACCUCAGGAAAGAUGUUCACAACUCUGAGGAAGCCCUCAGCGGUGCUGGACGAUUCCGGAACUUACACAUGCUCACACACAGCUUCUCCAGGACCAGUGCAGGUGUCCGUUUAUAUUAAUGUCACCAACUCUAGAUGGAUGAAAGAUGCUAUCUCCAACUAUCUUAAAGAUAAAAUCAAGUUAGACAGAGAAAUAAGAGAAAAGGCAGAGGAAGGAAAACUAGAUAUAGAGAAAAGAAAGCAGAAAAUGGAAAUGGAAAUGUUCAAAAUAGAAAAGGAGGAAAGCACUGAAUUGCUAAAACUGCUGACACUGUUAACCAAAGUCCAAAAAGACAAUUGA